AUGGCAACCGUGGGUGCAGCAACGCUGUCCGUCCCUGCUUCCGGCAUCAGGUACCGGCCGACGUUUGCCGCUCCGGCGAUCAGGACCGCCCCACGUCCCGCCACCUCCAUGAAGCAACUCACGUCGUCGGGCGGCGCGAGGCUCUCGGCGAGGUUCAGGGCGGCGGCGACCGCGCACAAGGUGAAGCUCGUCGGGCCGGACGGCGAGGAGACGGAGCUGGAGGUGGCCGAGGACGCCUACAUCCUGGAGGCGGCGGAGGAGGCCGGCGUGGAGCUGCCCUUCUCGUGCCGGGCGGGAUCCUGCUCGACGUGCGCAGGGAAGCUGGCGUCCGGCGAGGUGGAGCAGUCGGAGGGGUCGUUCCUGGACGACGCGCAGAUGGCCGAGGGGUACGUGCUCACCUGCGUCGCACACCCCAGGGCGGACUGCGUCAUCUACACCCACAAGGAAGAGGAGGUCCACUAG